CAAGGAUGUUAAUAAACAAUAAUAUUAUUACGUCUUCUGUUUUACCUCAUCCCGUUGUUGUCAGUUCAGACAUGUACAGAUACGUAAGUACUCUGUCAAGUGUUGUUACUCCUGUAGCUACAUAUCAUUCACCUAUAGCUACACUGUCAGUCUUUUCGAGAAGUCGAGAGAUCAACUUUGUUGAAUCAUUGACAAGUGUGGUGCCACUCGAUAUCAUAGUAAGUACACCAGUGGCAGUUGACUAUCCAAGCCUCACACACAGCACUGUUGAUGUGAAUGCAUUUGUUGUUGACUCAUUUGAAGUUCCAAGUUUCUACAAGGAAACGUCUUCUUUGCGUCUUGUGAAUAUAGAGUCUGAUGAAAAUGUGUUGUUUUCAACAACAGAAUUAUUUCAAACACAGCUGGACAAGGGUCAGUCUGCUUCGUUUCAUUCUUUGCUUGAGCUUUCUCAUGAAAGGAGCAACUACCAGUUUGUCUCAUCUAACAUUACUGAAACUGCCACCUUGCUCCAGUCAGUAACAGCUCCUGGAAGGCAAUCAGUAUUAGUAUCACAUUAUCGUCAUUUCAGCUUUAAUCCAAUGUCAUCAAAAUCAGAUGUAUUGUUUAGUCAUCGAAGGAUGGUACCAGAAUUAGUUCAACAUGGAUUGGAAUCUCGAUCUGCUGCUUUAACAGAGUUUCUGCAACCCUACUCUGUGGUGACUCCAGGACUAUCGUCAUUACCUGUGUUGUUGUCUCAUUUAAACUUGCUUUCUGUAACAUCCAAGAGUUUACAUCAUGCCAACUUCUCAGUAACUUCUACUUCUGGUGUUGUACAAGGUGUUAUUUCAAACAUGUCUAGUGUCACUAUGCUCUCCUAUUCAUCAUUCAAAUCACAAUUAGGAAAAUCCAGUAAAUCUGUUAGUUCUUCACUUUUAUUGAAGUCAUCCAUGAGUCGUUUGUUGCCAUUAUCUUCGUUACUGUCAAUGCCUUUUGUUUCUCAACCCAGUAAGGCUACCGUUGUGUAUAGCAAAGAUUCUUUACCUUAUUCAACUCGUGUUGCUACUACAAGACAUUUGUCUCAGUAUUCUGUUUUGUACUUUUCUUCUACCUCGAGAUUUCUCAGAAUGCCUCAUUUUUCUACCUUAUCUACAGCUGCUAACUAUCAGCUAUCAUCAUUAGCACAGUUGUCAUCUGAGGUUUUGUUGUCUGGAUAUCUUCAUACCAAUAGUGUGCCAGUGUCUACACAUUCUCUAUCUUCAAAUUUGACUCUUGCUCAUUUAUCUUCUGCCUAUUUGAGGACGUCAGUUUAUUCUUUGAUUGACAGCUCAAUUAUUUCAACUGUAAAUUCAUCAUUUUCAGAGUUAAUGCCUACUAGAGAUGGCACCCGUUUAAAUGCAGGACUUUUGUCUCCAUCUGCCACAGAUGCUACUAUGAUUGCUUCCUUGCUUAUUCCAACUCAUUCUUCAUCUAAUCUGCCAUCCACAGUAAGUUCCUAUCUGUGUAACACAGAUUAUUCACCUUAUUCUUGCAACUGUUUCAUGUGUCACAAUCACUGUUGUGUUGAUGAAUUGAGCGAGACAGUUUUGACUAAUGCUGUGGUGAUCUCAUUUGCAAUGGCUGCUAUAGAACAGUACCAAAUACUGGAACAUCGGUUCAAGACAAUCCUUGUAGAAUUGCUCGAAUUAUACUGUAGUGAUUUCAGAUUGAAAUGUUUUGGUGCAGACAAUUCAUCAGGGAUUGGUGUCAAUACAACUAUAGGGUAUGUCGUCUCUGUUAACAAUGUAAAUGUUUUUGAAGUGAAACGUUUGGUCACGCCCAUACUUGCACUAAAUCUUGCCUUUUUGGUGGAAGUUCAAAAUCACAGGCUGUCUAUCAAUUCCAGUACCACGAGUAUUUCUAGCAAUGGUACGAGAAAUUUUACCGGCAGUUUGCAAACAGUAGGUCAUCGAGUUCGAAGAAACACAGAAAAUAAUCAAAUGGUUACUGGAGAAUGGUAUGUACCAUCUUCUGUUCUAAUUAAGCUACUUGAGCAGCAUAAGAACAACAUAUCUCUUUUCACCGGUUACUCUGUAAUAAACGGUUCAAUUUGUUUAUACAUCAGUCAUGUACCAGUGUACAGUGUUCACAGUGUGUUGCUUACCCCUACUGUUAUGGUGGAGGCCCCUGGUGGACAAGAUAACGACAACAAUUUGCUGAUAAUUUUAUGCAGUGUUUGUGGAGGAUGCCUGCUGCUACUGAUGAUUGUUGUUAUUGCUGUCUUUUGCUAUUUCAAACAGAGUAGAAGGGAGACCUUUUCACCAGUGUCUCAAGAACAGCUUGACAAAGACUUGUUGCAGAGACAGUCAGAUGGCAGUCACCAUGAGCAAAAAGAGUUCAAUAGAUCAAGACAAGGUAAGACGUAUAUCAUUGAUUGGUUUGAUAGAUGUCAUGAGCUCAUAGCUACUGCUGAAUCUCAUGCAGAUAAUACAAAUAGAGUUGUUCCUAUGAAACAAUCAGAUCAUAAUCUAGGACCAGAAAAAGAACUGGAACACAAGAAAAACACUGUAUUGUCCAGUCGAACCCAUUCACAGAGAAUACGACAGAUUCUGAGACGAGGUAGAACGUGUGCAGUUGGUCCAGCAUUCAUACCUGAUGACGACGACGAUGAAGAGCAUCACAGAAGAGCAUCGAUGAUUGCAUUGCUUAGACUGAGCUCAGUGCAAGAACCUGACAAAUCGCAUGAUGCAUGGGCACCACCAGUCCACACCACAGCAUUGGACGCUAGUUCUGUGGUACAUGGAAACAGACAGAUCCCACCAGACUUGCGAAACUCAUCACAUGAACAUCCAUCUUCUGUACGAACCCAAGAGCUACCAGGACCAAGAACUGUUUUUGAGCCAAAAUUAUACAAUGAUCUGCAGCUGCCAAGAAAGAACUCUACUGUUUUACAGUCACCUGAGCUAUUACAAAGUUCACAAAGGAGACUUCCAUCUUUGAAGACUCCAGUCAAUGUAUAUAUGAAAAAUGAUCGAAGAUAUUCUACAUCAUGACAAAGAGAAUAUAAACAAUUAACAGUGACAUAUAUUGAACACAGGAAAUGAAUCAGUUAUUUGAUAACUCCAGUAAUUAACGCUAUAACUUCUAUUGCUGGCAUCUUUGGUCAAAAAUAUAGAUGAUGAUCAAGGUUAUUAAUUAACAUAUACGUGUAUGUACUGUACUGUACUCCACAACCUCAUCCCAACACCAUGGCCACACAUACUAUAUAUACCCACUUAAGCCCCACCUAGAUAUAACACACGCACACACACGCA